AAAAGUAAAGUGGUGGGGAAUAGAGUAAUGCUGGUCUGCUGGUCUUUUUCGGGACGGUUGAUUAAGCAGCAUUAGCAGGCGGGGCGACUCGUCAGUCAUUCGUGAUUUCAUUAAAAAAAAAUGGAGUUUCAUUAUUAAAAAUCACUGCGGAAUAUUUCAACACAAUUGCAUGUAGGUUCAAAUAUCUUUGUGACUCUAGUCACUUUGUAGCAGCUUAUUGUUCACUGACAGCCACCGUGUGUCUAUCCCCAUGCGAAGUUAAUUCAUUGCUUUAAUAACGAUUAUCAUAGUGACAAGAAGAUUAAUUCAUAAUGAAAGUGAAGAAAAUAAGAUUCUAAAAAGUAAGACACGAUGAAUUCUUCAUUUAACAGUUUUUAUUUGAAGAAAUUUCCAUUUUUUCCGUCAAUUACAUUAGAUAUAUUUUGAGAAUAGACUAUAUGUAUAAAUACAACGUUCUACAUAAAAAGGCAAUAAUGAUUUUGAACAAAAUGAAUUUUACAUUGAGAGACUGCACCUGCAACAAAGAGUCAAGAAAAAUAAAGAUGAAAUUAAAAUUUUUAUGAAGAAUAAGGAAAAUACUUCAUAUCUUCAUAUCAAAUUUGAGACUGUUUGAAAAUGUUGAGGAAACUCAAGUUCAAAAAGUAUAGAAGUUUAAUAAGGUUAAUGAGAGUUAACUUAUCAGAGGAGCGAAAACUACAAAACAAGUCAAUUCUUAAUAUACUUGUUGACAUAUGUUAAAAAUAAUUCUGCGUAUUUGCUUAAUUUACGUUUCUAUUUUAUAUUGUGAUUUAUAAAGAACAGUUUUAUAUGGAAUUUUAUACGCAUCAAUUCAAGAGUUGAAGAAUUUAGUGCUUCUGUUUUUGUUAAAGUUUUAGACAACUCGUUGACUUUUUUGAUAAAGAGAACACUGCCGCUGGUGUUUUGGAUAUAAUCUAAGGUGCAUAGAAGCAGACUGAAUAUGUAUGUGUCUAUAUAUUUAUAUAUAAAUAUGUGUGUGCAUGUAUGUUUUUUACACACACUUGAUAUAAGAACAUUGGUUAGAACGGAUUGAAAAUAAUUUGUUCCCUCUCUGUAAAUAUUCAACUGGAAUGUACACUUAAAGCAGGUGCUUUAGUAAAUAUUGGCUUUGCAAGAGUGUCAAGUGACAGUGACAGUUAGGAUGUGCUCCAAGUGGAUUUUUAUCUUCGCCUUCCUUCUUUCGACUAAAAAUAUUCCAAUUACGGCUUAUUCGAAUCAAUGGGCUGCGUAUAUCAAGGGAGGGCCAGAGGUAGCUAAGCAAGUAGCCAAAGACAAUGGAUUUCGAUAUCUUGCUAAGAUUGUUGACGAUUGGUACCAUCUCGAUCAUAGAAUGGUAAAGAAAAGAUCUGUAGAUCCUCAUAUUAAAGUUCACGAACAGUUGCUACGUGAUCAUCGGGUUCGAAGAGCAGAACAGCAAAGAAUAAAGUCUCGGUCGAAAAGAGAUUUUAUACCGAUACCGAGACAACGCAAGACGCCAACUAUCUUGAACGAUGAAAGGUGGUCCUUAAUGUGGUAUUUGAAUAGGGGCAACGGACUAGACAUGAACGUACAAGAAGCUUGGGCUGAAGGAAUAACAGGACGUGGUGUAGUCGUGACAAUUCUAGACGAUGGAUUGGAGAAAGAUCAUCCUGAUUUAAAAGACAAUUACGAUCCACUAGCUAGUUACGAUGUAAACAAUCAUGACGAAGAUCCAAUGCCACGGUAUGACCUUGCUGACAGUAAUCGUCAUGGAACGAGAUGCGCAGGUGAAGUUGCUGCUACCGCAAACAAUUCCCUUUGUGCUGUCGGCGUAGCUUUUUAUGCACAAAUUGGAGGAGUCCGCAUGCUGGAUGGAGAUGUGACGGACGCAGUCGAAGCACGAUCUUUGAGCUUAAAUCCGCAACACAUUGAUAUUUAUAGUGCUUCUUGGGGUCCAGAUGACGAUGGAAAAACAGUCGAUGGACCAGGUGAAUUAGCUACAAGAGCUUUUAUUGAAGGGAUUACUAAGGGUCGAGGUGGUAAAGGAUCAAUAUUUAUUUGGGCGUCUGGAAACGGCGGCAGGGAUUACGAUAAUUGCAAUUGUGAUGGGUACACUAAUAGCAUAUGGACACUUUCCAUCAGCAGUGCAACGGAGAAUGGUUUCGUACCUUGGUAUAGUGAGAAGUGCUCAUCGACAUUAGCAACAACUUACAGCUCCGGGUUGUCAAAUGAAAAACAGGUCGUAACUACCGACUUGCACCAUCAUUGUACGAGCAGUCAUACAGGAACCUCAGCAUCCGCUCCAUUAGCUGCCGGCAUUUGUGCUCUUGCCCUCGAAGCGAAUAGAAAUUUAACAUGGAGAGACAUGCAGCAUAUUGUUGUUCGAACGGCGAAACCUGCAAACUUGAAUUCCUCCGACUGGGUCACGAACGGAAUUGGACGAAAUGUGAGCCACAGUUUUGGUUACGGUCUAAUGGAUGCCGCCGCGAUGGUACGAUUAGCCCGCAAGUGGAAAACAGUAGCUGAACAACAUAACUGUGAAGUAUUGUCAUCUCAAGGGGGGCGGCCAAUCCCUCCGAAGAGUCACCUGACUCUUAUGUUAGACGUAAAGGAAUGCAGAGGAGUGAAUUUUUUAGAGCACGUUCAGGCGAAGGUGUCCCUGUCGGCUUCAAGAAGAGGCGACUUGGAGAUUUAUCUAACGUCUCCCCAAGGUACAAAAAGUAUUUUACUAGCAAAAAGGCCUCAUGACUUUUCCAAAGCAGGUUUCAACCAGUGGCCAUUUAUGUCGGUUCACACUUGGGGAGAGAGACCUCACGGCACAUGGAAGUUGGAAAUUCAUAACGAAGGGAAAUAUCUAGGUCGUGCAACGCUUCACGAAUGGGCUUUAAUUUUUUACGGAACGGCCACCCUGAACGAUCGAACUGACUAUCAGCUUUCCAAUCCGUCUGUUAUCAAUGUGCCACGUAAGCCAUUCGUCAAAUCUAAAGAUACGAAGUUCUUGAAAAACCAAAAUUUCUUAUUAGGAAAUGUCCCGAGAAACAAGCAAACGCAACAGUACAAAUCUGAGAAAAUACAAGCGAGUGUGAAUUCACCUUUCGGAGCAAACAAUUCGGGUCAAACGCAGAGAAAAAGUAAAACUCGUGGUCACAAUAAAAAUGUGAAAAUGGUGAAUAGGCCGACGGGUAGUCCCACCGUGCAAACAAUGCGCGGUUUGUCUGUCGUCUGCGCCCCUAAAACAGGAGGUGGGGUGCGAAUGAAUAACUCGAAAGCACGAUGCCAAAGCACUCCGAAUCCAAUGAAAAACGCCACUGUCAUUGCGCCGACAACGAAGUCGUGGACCUACCGCCCAAUAUCGAGAGCCAAUUCGACUGCAAUUGCGACUGAGUCUUCUAGACGACAAGGCCUUAUUCUCAUGGAACCAGCCAUCAAGUCUGCAACCAAUAACGUACCAAAGGUGUUCCAGCAAUAUCCGAAAAUCCAGCAACUUUAUCCCCUUUACCCGGUUUACGACAAGACAAUAAUGAUGGGUCAGCACGCUACCAGAGCAAAGGGCCUGGAUUUGUUGCAAGACGAACAGUUUAACUCAAGAAAUCAUCAACUUAAUAAGGAUCUCGAAGAAUGGAAGUUGGUGUUUUAUGGGACUGAGUCUUCCUUAGAAAUAGACGAGGGAUUGGACAAGGACAAUCCCAGACGACCUAUCACCCUGGAAGAUGAAAUAUCAGAUAACACAGCAACAAACAGCAAGAAGAAUAUUAUGGACACAGUGGGCGAUCCAUGGACUGGGAGUCAGCAAAUGGACCGCGUCUCCCAUCAGGAACAUCCAAUACAGAUAUCAACGAGUGAAAAUCAGACAAGUGGAAGUAGUCAAUUUACAAGUGGUGCUUACGGAUGCCUCAUUUUACUUAUCCUAGUAUCUCUCAAUAGUGAUAUUCCCUGGACUUGCGCAACGUCCUUUAAUUCUAUUUUCAACGCACAGUCUUUUUCACGGAACAUCGUUCGUGAAAUUAUUGUACUCAAUAAUAUCAAUUCUAAUGAAAGUAACGAACUUAGUGUGAAAGUACAAAAAUUAAACAAGUCAAAUAUAUCGUGUAAAGUUUUAUGAUAAGUCGUGUGCAAAGUCGUUGAUAUUUUAAUAUAAAUUCUUAAAGAAAACAACAGCUCAAAGUUAAUUUAAUAUGAUAUUUAAAGUUCUCUCUAUUAACAUUAAAAUGAUGCGAUUUUUCAAGUAUUAUUAUUUAACUUGUUAAAACAUUUAAAGAUUCUCAUUCGUCUAACAAAGAUAUUAAUUUUCUUUACCGAAAUGGUAUGAUAUUGUUGAAGUAUUUUUACAUAGUUUAAUAGAAGUUUUAAUUGCAAUUUGUGCGCAGUAUUUUUUUAUGUUAUUUACGGCUACGCAAUACAUAUUAUUAAUACAUUAUAACUUUAAUAUCUGAUGUAAUCAAAACAGUCCUUACAGCACUAAGAAUUUCUUGAAUAUUUUCUGAACAAUGCAGACUCAAUUUCAAGAUGUUCAGUUAUCGACACACUUUGCUCAUGCAAAUGUUCACUAUAUGAAGGAACCCUGAAUAUUUUAUGGAAUUAUAAAGUUAAAAUAGAGAAAAACUUGAAGAGAAUUAUAGUGUCAGGGAGGAUAGUGACCCUAAUAUAACACGGAGAGAAAUGGAUAGUGAUGGUGACUCCUAUUUCAAUGGUGAUAAUUAAACAGUUUUGUUAAUUUUUAACAAACCGAUUUAAUAGACAGAUUUACUUAAAUGUAACGAAUCCUUGGCCUUCAAGAGAAAAAACUACAGAUGGUACCACCCCAAUCAGUCUUUCACCAACAAAGCGAAAUUUAACUCUUUAAAACCUGCGGGACAUAUUUGUCCCACUUACAAAAACCACUGUAACUUUUUAAAUAUUAAUAUUUUUUAAACGGCUUUGACUUUAUUUCUUCAGAAUCGGUCAAGGUACCCAAAAAAAAUAAAAGUAAACUAUAAAAAAAAUUUUUAAUAUAUAAAAGUAAUGAAAACUGUAAUUAACCCUUUAACGCCUGCGGGACAUAUACGUCCCACUUACAAAAACCACUGUAUCUUUUCUAAAUAUUAAUAUUUUUUAAUCGGGUUUGACUUGACUUCUUCAGAGUCGGUCAAGGUACCAAAAAAUCCAAGCACAUGUGCACAUAAAAGUACUGUAGCUGGUGGGAGGUGCAUUUAAUAAGUCAUAAAUUCGUAAAGAGGUUUUUCCUAAUAGCCCACUUUGGCAUAAAUAUUUUGUGGUAAAUUACUUUCUUAAUCUGACAAUAAUUAGAAGGAGCUUUAAACGUUCCAUGUUGGUCGAAAAGCUUCGAAGGAAAAACCAUGUGUGUGACAGAAAUGGGGAUAUCUGUUAACUUUUUCACUCGCAUGGUUUUUGCCUUCCACCAUCGCCUUUACGCCAACAUGACAUAAAAUUAUAGUUGAAGUAAGAAGAAGGUGGUAACUCUAGUUGAAGAUAAAAUGAAGAAAUAAGUAUCUAUUUUGUAUGGAACAAAAUUUUUUAAGUGAUCCAAUUUCAAAAAUAAAGUAUAAAUAUAAAUAAAUAUAAGUUUUUAAUAAUAUAAUUAAAAAUUUAAUAAUCAGUCCGAAUCGAGGAAAUAAAAGUAACAAAAUUUUAUUACGUUCCGACAAUACGGCUGCCCUCUUCAGAAAUAGUUUAUUAAUAGAAAAUAUUUUUAAUAUCAAGAUUUUAAACUUUGAAUAUUUUCCUCAGUGAGAAAUGAAAUAAACUAAAAUUCUGUUUCUUUUCUAUUUUAUCAAAUUAUGAUUCAUAUUGUUGUUACUUAUUGGACUAGUUAAAAUGUUAUAGUUGUUUAGAUAAUGGAAGAAAUUUGUUCGCAUAAAGUUUAGGAACUUAAGUCAAAAAACUUGCGGAAGUGUUUCGUAUAUUGAAUUUUUAUUGUUUUUUGUGAAUGAGAUUCUAUAGAAUAAAUACGUUUCUUGGUAUAUUUGUUAACCAAAUCGAUGGAAUAAUUAUUGUUGAGAAGUAUUUUUUUUAUUAUUUUGUAUAUGAAGAAAGUUUCUGUGUUAAUAUAUUUUUUAUUUUCGGUUAUUAUAAGAACAUAUCUAAAAAGUUAGUUACUGUUACUUGUUGCUACUUAUAUACAAUGUGACGCGAUAUGAAGAAAGAGACGAAGAAAGUCAAAAAUUAUAGAUCAUGUUUUAAAAGUUUUAAUUAAAAAUAUACAAAGAGAAUCAAAUUUUAUAAUCUCUUAUUUUAAUUUUAAAGAAACAAAAAGAAACUUUUAAUCAAGAUAAAUCUGCCGUAAACAUAACCUAUAAUUCGUUUUCUUCUUAGGUCCCUUUCUUCACAUCGCGUAACAUAUAUGUGAAUUGAAAUCUCUAAUCAUAAUUAUCCAUGAUUUUAGUAAUUUUCUGAAUUUUACUCCUCAGUAUGCUAAUAGCAAUAAUGUCAUCAACAUAUCUAUAGAAAAAUAUCAGUUUGAAGGAUAAUUUAUUGUUACAAAUAGUUCCAAAGUCUGAUUUUAUAUCUGAAAGGAAUCUAGAGAUAGUCGAAUCCAUAGGAGUGCCACAUAUUUUUUGAUAAUAUUUAUUGUUAAUUUUGAAAAAUCUAUUAUAGAAAAGAAAGUAAACAAGCAUUCGAUAAAUCGUCAUCAAUAUUUAAAUUUUAUACGAUUUUUCGAGGUCAGCCAUAUACUGUCGAAAAGAAUUUUCGAUUCUAAGUGAUCGUUAAAUUUUUAAUUUUAUUAUAAAUCUAAACAAUUUGCCAUUAACAAAAAAUGAUCUAAUGCACUUGAAGAAAAAAUGUUCAAUAUAUUUUUUUCAACACUGUCCAAAAAUGUUUUGAAAAUAGGUAAUAGAAUUUUAACAGAAAACCAAGUAGAUCGGUCAAACCAAAGACUUUUAAAAAAUUUGCUAAAUUUAACGUCGAAGGGAUGUUGUAAAUACAUAUCAUUAUCGAUAGAUUACUUUUUAUAAAAAUUCACGUACUUAAAGUUUUGGUUUCAACUUAACGACAAAUAAAAUUAUUUCUUUUAGUUUCUAUUAUCCCUUUCGUGCCCUCGAGAAACCCAGCGAUUGGAUUUUGUUGAAACUUGUUACUCAGGGGUUUUUGGGGUCGCUGAUUACGAAUCUGAAGUCAGAUUUUCAAAAUUUUGAAAAUUCAAAAUGGUGGAUUCAAUAUGGCGGACAUUUUUUCAGAACUGA